CAUCAUGCGUCGUAACUGGUGCGGUCUCUCAAUGACAGAAGGGACAUGAAUAAGAAGUGGUUUGUGUGAACAAAUGACACAAUGCUGGUCCUGGUGAACUAUGUAUGUCACGUUAUCAGAGUUUCUAUCGGUUUAUCGUUUUUCCGUUCAGACGGUGAAAUUUUAUUUAGUUGAACAGCUGAAAUCUGUGUGACCAACAUUAGUUUCAUCAUCAGGGUUAAAGAUUGGGAGAGGCAGCUUGUGUUGAGAUGAAGAGGUUUGUGUGUGUUGGAGUGUUCAGGCAGACUGCUGCUCUGAUGCAGAUCACACCUUCAUCUUCCUUCGGUCAUCGCACACAGAUGCUGGUACCCUCAGCCCAUCUGACCCAUCUGAUCUCCCGCCCACGAUGGCUCAACACCUCUGCGGUGUCGUCCUGUCCGGCUCCUCGGCAAAACUCCAGCGGAGAUCCUGCGGUUCAUGGCGCUCCGGGGCAGGAGGAGUCGGACCCGCUGCAGGACAGUUCAAUAAGCCUCAUAGAGAGGUUCAAAAAGACCUUUAAACAGUACAGCAAAGUCAUGAUCCCUGUGCACGUGGUGACAUCUACGGUGUGGUUUGGUACCUUUUAUUACGCUGCAAUGAAGGGAGUGAAUUUGGUGCCGUUUCUUGAGUUUCUUGGAUUUCCUGAUAAGGUUGUUAAACUUCUGGAGAACUCUCAGAGCGGCUAUGCAUUAACAGCCUAUGCCAUGUACAAGAUUGCCACACCUGCAAGGUACACGGUAACAUUAGGAGGAACCUCACUGUCUAUAAAGUACCUGAGGAAGCACGGCUACAUGUCCACUCCUCCGCCGGUGAAAGAAUAUCUUCAGGAGAAGAUGGAGGAGACCAAAGGGAGAAUCUCUGAGAAAAUGGAAGAGACCAAGGAUCGCUUAUCCGAGAGAAUGGAGGAAACGAAAGACAAGUUCAAUGAAAGACUUCAAGAAACCAAAGACAAAGUGUCUUUCCGAAAGAAAAAGGAGUAGAAGCCUCAUAAAGAGAGGUGUUAGAUUUGGACUUGUGAGUCUACAGUUUAUGGAGAAGGACAAUGCACUAAAGAUUUGAUGUGACAUCUUCCAGUAAUGUGAUGUUACUUCAAAUAUAAUACACCUUAAUGGGGAAAACACGUGCUUUUCAAAUCUAAUGUAGGCUGCACAUUUGAUAUGACUGGUUCACGUUGUUGGCUAUGCUAUUGCGAGAUGAUAAAAUCAUAUGUCAAUAGUACUAUACUUUAGUUUCUGGUGAUAAUCACAGCACAAUGUUUUACAACAAAGUUGUACAUUGUACAUGUAUUAUCGCGUAUGUGUCCACACGUGAGGCCUCUGUAAUACUCCAUGCCUUGUCUUCAUUAAUAUUACGCAGCUCUUAUUUAAGCUAUAUCUUAUAGUUAUCACAGGUUUGAGUUACUGAACAUGAUAUGGUCAAAAUCGGAAGAUUCGAAACCGAUUGUGACUAGACAUUAUGCAAAAUAGUGUUCUUAAAGCUGUAAAUGUACAUGCAGCACAUAUACUUGUGUGUUAUGUUGUUCUGAAAAGUGAAAAACACCUUAAAAUUUACUGAAUCAAACUAAUUUGUCAAGAUGUCUUAUUUUACCCUAUGUGACUUUAUUUUAAGUCACUGUUUUUAUCACACAUUAAUGUAUUUUUAGCUAAACUAUAAAUUACAUUUUAUAAUGACAUGUAUUUAUCAGGAGAUGUGAUCACAUCAAGCACUCUUUAGGUCUCAUGCGUCAAUCCCUGCAAACCAACUCAUAUAUAGAUGCGUCAUGACAGGAGGCUGUGGGAUCUUGAACUGAAGAUAAACCAUGAAAAGAAAAACCUGGUUGGUCACAAAAAAAACUUUUGAGUUUGUUGACUCAUUCUGUGAUGUCCCGUGACAUUGUGAGACCCUCUGUUUAAGGGGUUCCUAAAAUAUUGUGUCCGAAUACAUAUUAAACUGAUAAAUAUGAAGUUAAAUACACCACGAAUAAUAGUUGUGUGUAUUAGUAUAAAUGUAUUUGAUUGGAUACAGACGAAUGCAGCAUAACAAUGACACUGGUGUAACUGCUGCAUAAGUAGUGUAAAAGAAGAAUUAUAAAACAAAAGAAAAUGUGCAGAAAAUAAACACAUGAAUCAAAGGAGCAGCAGGUGUAUGAAAAUCAUUAGCUCACCCUUAUGGCAACACGAACCAUUAAUGUGGAAUUAAAUGCUGUCACGUUAGCUUAUAUGGGGGUCAAUGUAGCAAAGACACUAUUUCAACAUCGAUUUGGAAACACUUAAAAAUUAAAUUUCCUAAAUUCUCUAAUAGACCUUAUUCUUAAAGCUCCACCUUGUUUCUGCACCAGAAUUGAUAGUGUCUGUUAAUUAUAAAACUGAAAAUGAACAAAAAUGAACAAACAAAUUUUUCCUUUAUAAAUGCCUUUAAGUAAAUACAAAUGUUGUGAAAGCUCACUUUUUGUUUUAUGUAUAUAUGACAUCUAUGUAAAACACACUUGUGCUGUUGUUCUGGGAUUAAACAUUAAACGAAUACUCCACACAAAAACAAACAUUUUGUUAUGAAUUACUCGCGCUCAAGUUGU